UUGAUUCAAGAUACCUUAUAUUGGAUAAGUAGAAAAAACAAUCAUGGAGAGAGUAACAUAAAUAGCGCGAUUUUUAAAAAAUUGUGGGUUACCUCCUAUUAGAAAUAAGAUAUUUCUUCUAGUUAGUCAUGUGAUAUGUGCUGCAAAAUAAAAGAGAAGAAUUAGAUAUAACUUCUUACCAGAUGGAUGUAUGUCUGUUCAAAAGAGACCAUACUAAUUCAAAUGGAUAUCAUCACAUAUAGCUAUGGAAUGAUAAAAGUUGUUUAUUAUACUUCAUAUUUUUUUUUCAAAUGCAAAGUGCGAUGGAGCCCACGAGAAAAAUGUCUAGAAAAAGAUUAAUGUCCGUAGAUUUUGAAGUUUUUGGUAAAGUUCAAGGACCCUAUUUCAAAAAGUAUACGGCGCAAGUUGCUUAUUCUUUACAUUUAAAAGGCUGGUGUAUGAACAGCGAUCGUAAUACCCUUAAAGGGGUGGUUGAAGGACGUGUUUCCGAUGUAGAAUCAAUGAAAAACUGGUUGAAAAAAAAUGACAGACCACAAUCAAAAAUUGAUGCAGCAAUAUUUUCCGAAGAAAAGGAAGUAGAUUUUAUAUCAUACGAUGGAUUUAGAAUUCUAAUAUAAUUAAAGCUUCUCGUGGCAAGUGAGAAAUUUCCAGUUAAUUUAUUUUUCAAUUACAAAAUUCAAUAUUUUGUAGAUUAAUGUACUGUGUACAAAAACUGUUCAUUUGUUAUGUAUUUGUUACAAAGAAAUUAAUAAAUUUGGUUUGAACAA